CAACCUCUCAACGUGGUUGCACGAAGGCAGUCCUCGGCGCCCCUCUCAACUCCGCCCCAACUCCCUCAAACUCUGACUGAACUUUCUCCUGGAGGAGCCAGUGCGUCACUGUCCCACGACCUGGCUCGGACAAGACGCGGCACCGCUCGACUGACGCUGGAACGCGAACAAUGGGUCGGCAGGAGCGAGCGUGGCUCGUCUGUGCGAGCUUCCUCGGACUCGUGGCCUCGGUGCGAACCGUGACGAGGGGCGAACUUUUCGCUCACGGUCCGAGCGCAAGAGACCAGCUGCUGGAGCCGGGGACGGACCAGACGCACCGACUCGCACUGCAGAAGCCCGUGUUGUUCUAUGAUGGCACUUUCGACAGCAUCUUUAUCAACACCAAUGGUUUUGUUGCCACAGCAGAGCCGGCGAGUGAGUCGACAUAUCUUGGCAAAAUGCCCCCAGCGUUUGGCAUGGUCGCGGCUCUGCAAGGAGACCUGGACACGAGCGACGGCGUGGGGAAAGUUUUCUUCCGCCAAGACUCCAGUCCGGAAGUCCUGCGCCGGGCGGCCGAGCACAUCAACAGAGCCUUCCCCGACGACGAUGAAGUCGAUCCCACCAAUGCCGUGGUGAUCACCUGGGUCGACGUCGCCACCCGCGAACCUCAAAGCAGAGACAAGAAGAGAAACACCUUCCAGUUGGUUAUUGCGUCCCUGAAGAUCGCCUCAUAUGCCAUCGUCCUGUACACAAGGGAUGGGAUACAGUUUUCCUCCACGCCUGCAGAAGACAGUAAUGUGGUCAUGCAUGCUGGCUUUAGUAAGGGUUUGGUCCGGGGUUUCCUGUUUUCCAGUCAGGGCCCGUACUACCGCACCACCACUGAUGACGAGGCAUCUGUCAGGGCUUUAGCAGAGGAAACCAACUCUGGCAUGCGGGGUGUGUGGGUGUACGAGAUUGGAACUUCUCCCUAUUUUACCAAUGUGGCUCCCGGUGAGGUCACUGACCUGCCCACUGAGGCCACACCACAGGGGGCCCCUGGCGGCCAUGAUGAGGCCAUUGAUGCAAGGAGGGCCACGUACACUGAUGGACAGCAAGUACAGUACCCUCCUUACGAACCAGAAGGGGGGCAGAUUGAAGUGCACCCAGUUCAGUACCGACCACAUCAGCCUGAGGACCAAGAAGUGGUGGUGGUGGACGACACAGACAUAAACGUAGAUGUGUUCUCGUACAACCUUUGGACAUGUGCGAACAGCAGGAAUAAGUGCUCCCAGUUUGCUGACUGCAAGGACUACUCCAAUGGAUACUGCUGCCACUGCAGGCCUGGCUUCUACGGGAAUGGGAUACAGUGUGUGGCAGAGGGAAAGCCACAGAGGAUGAACGGCAAAGUGCACGGAAAAGUGUAUGUGGGCAACGCUCCUACUCCAGUGGAGUUCACCAGCAACGACCUCCACUCGUAUGUCGUUGUAAAUGAUGGCCGAUCCUACGUCGCCAUCAGUGACAUCCCGCAAGCCCUCGGGCCCUCCCUGCAGCCCCUGUCGGCCCUUGGUGCUGUGAUUGGGUGGGCUUUUGCUCUGGAGCAGCCCGGCUUCAAGAAUGGCUUCAGCAUUAUUGGGGGGGAGUUCACACGGCAGGCUGAGGUGACCUUUCUGCCAGGGAAUGAGAAACUGUCCAUCAGGCAGGAGUUCAGAGGCAUCGAUGAGCAUGACCACCUGGUGGUGAAAACCAGCCUGGAAGGCCGGGUCCCCGAGGUGCCUCAAGGAUCCACUGUGCAGAUCGGCCCUUACUCUGAGAUCUACCAGUACAGCAACAACUUGAUCACCUCAUCCUCCACCCGGGACUACGUCGUGAGCUUGCCCGAUGGCUCCACUGACACCAGGACGCAUCAGUGGCGUCAGACCAUCAGCUUCACGAGCUGCCAGCAUGACGUGUCUGCAAGAGACACGAAACCCACCCAGAUGCUCAGCGUGGACCAGGUCUUUGUCAUGUACGACGCUAAUAAUGAGCUCAUCCGGUUUGCCAUGAGCAACAAGAUCGGGGACGUCAAUGGGGGGCAGCCACAGGAAAACCCAUGUUUCACAGGAAGACACGGCUGUGACACCAACGCUGUUUGCCGACCUGGGGAGGGAAAUCAGUUCACCUGCCAGUGUGCUGCUGGCUUCAAUGGUGAAGGCCGCACAUGUUAUGACAUUGACGAGUGCAGAGGCGAUCCUCAGAUCUGUGGCUUCCAUGCUAUCUGCAACAACCAGCCCGGGACCUUCCGCUGUGAAUGUGAAGAUGGCUAUCAGUUUGACAGUGAUGGGCACACCUGCAUUGAGGUGAGCCGACCCACUGACGCCUGUGAAGAAGGCACCCAUACCUGUGACAGUCCCGAGCGGGCUGAGUGCAGCUACACCGGAGGCUCAUCCUACAUCUGCUCCUGUCUGCCAGGCUUCAUAGGAGAUGGUAGAAUCUGCCAAGACAUAGAUGAAUGCCAGCCAGGCAGGUGCCAUCAGGAUGCUGUAUGUCAAAACACCCAGGGAUCAUUUACCUGCCAGUGCAGGCCGGGUUACUAUGGCGACGGCUUGUCCUGCUUUCCAGGGAGGACAAAGACCCAAUGUGAGAACCACAGAGACGGUCUCCAAGGUGUGAUAGCGUCUGGUCCACGGGGGCCCCGGCCUCCCGUUGGACAGUACAUCCCUGCAUGCGACGAGAACGGCGCCUACGAACCAAUGCAGUGCCACGGCAGCACGGGACACUGCUGGUGCGUCGACCGAAAUGGACAGGAGAUCUCUGGGACUCGGUCGGGACCAGGCAGCCGACCAAUGUGUAUCGACCAUAGUGGUGGGAAACCCCCUGUAGGACCUGACACUCGACCCGAUGUCCACCCCCUGCCCCCAGGAACCCACCUGCUGUUCGCUCAGAGCGGCAGGAUAGAGCACGUCCCGCUGGAGGGCUAUGACAUGAAAAAGGACGAUGCCAAGGCUGUCCUCCAUCUCCCUGAGAAGGUAAUCAUCGGCGUGGCCUAUGACUGUGUGGAGAAAAUGGUCUACUGGACAGAGAUCACGUCUCCCUCCAUCAGCAGGGCCAACAUCCAGGGGGGAGAGCCCGUUGCUGUCAUUAGAUCGGAUUUGGAUAGCCCAGAGGGCAUCGCCAUCGAUCACCUGGGCCGAACUAUGUUCUGGACAGAUUCCGUGAAGGAUCACAUCGAGGUCUCCUCUCUGGACGGGUCCCAGCGUCGCGUCAUCAUAGACUCUGAUCUCGUCAACCCCCGUGCUAUCAUAACGGACCCUCCAAAUGGUAAUCUUUACUGGUGCGACUGGAACCGCGACGCUCCCAAGAUCGAGACCUCUUACAUGGACGGAUCCAACAGGAGGGUGCUGGUUAAGGACGACCUCGGCCUGCCAAACGGCUUGACUUAUGACUCGCAGAGCUCCCUGCUUUGUUGGGCGGACGCAGGCACACAUAAACUGGAGUGCAUGCAUCCUGACCGGCGGGACCGCCGAAAGGUGAUGGAGGGGAUUCAGUACCCGUUUGGAAUCACUUCUUAUGGGAAGAACAUCUACUACACUGACUGGAAGAGGGAUGCCGUGGUCGCAGUAGAUCGCUAUGCUGCAACAGAGUCGGACGAGUUCCAGCCUCUGAAACGGACCAAGUUAUACGGGAUCACCACAGCCUAUGCCCAGUGUCCUUCAGGACAAAACUACUGCGCCGUGAACAACGGGGGCUGCACUCACCUCUGUUUAGCAACACCGACAGGCCGCUCCUGCAAGUGUCCCGGCAACGCAGCGGGCGCAGGCUGUGUGGAGUGAGACAGUGGGUACUGACGCGAGGCGGCUGAGAGCUGACACUGUUUGGAUGUUUGACCGCAAAUUAGGAGCCACUCAGCAUUACUAAACUAUAGCUGCUGAAAAAUGCCACUGUAAACCAGAAGUGAACUUACUGUGCCUUUUAUUUCUCAGUGUUAAGCUCAUCUUCAUUUUUUUUACAUUACCCGUUGACCUUAUUAAAUCACGUUUUGCCUUUCAGAAUUGUAAAUAUAAACACUUUUAUGUUGACUUAUUUCCUGAGUGCACAUAAACUGAGAAUAAAGCUCAAGGGAUACAUAAUUUAAUGUGAAAUACAUCACAGCAAUGCGGCAUGUUUGGAUUAUCCCAUAGGUUGUCUGGUGGAAGAAUUUGUGUGGAAUAGGACUUUAAGUGUCUGUACAAGCUGGUGGGAUGAGUUUACAUGCUGGGCAACAAAAGAAUAAACAUUUUUCCAAAA